GCUAGGUAAUUGCUAAUUGUAGACAUUGAAUAUCGGGUUCUAUACAGAUUCCACUGUUUCAUUGGUUUUGCUUCUGGUGCGCACAGAUUAAUCGGUAUGAUAAUUUACCGAUAUAAAAACCUAUUUAUCACUGAGAUCUGGAUUCUGUAAACAAUUUUUUAUCGAAACAAUUCAGUCAGAAGGGGCUAUUUAGUAUUGAGAAUUUAACUGAAGUACAUGUCGAGGUAGUUGACAGGGAACGAUCACUUAGAAAGAGAGUCUUUUUGGUAUUAACAUUACUAAUUAUUCAGGGAUGUGUAAAAAGUAGACACUCAAUGAACUUGCAGUAUCAUUAUUGUCAUUGAGACUUUCUCAGUAAUGGACGUCUUUCAGUGACAUUUUUUUCAAUAACUGUAACGGGAAGAGAAGGAAGAAGAAAUGAGAGGAAUAAUAUCAGACGAAUUAAUGAUCGAUUUGCGUAAAAAACAAGUCAGUCGAGGUCAGCUGAAAGAAAUUCUGUCAUGCUGCGGUGAAGUUGACAUUAUGUUCGAUGCCACAGGAAAAAUUGUUGUUGUUAAAUUCCAGAAUAAAUGUCACGUUAUCAGGACUCUGACAACCCGUUUAGUUUCUUACAACUUCAAUGGCCUAUGGAAGAGUCUCUCCCCGAAGUCAGAGAUAUUGAAUGAUGACUCACCAAUCGAGAACUUACCAGAGGAUUGCCUCAUAAAAAUAUUCUCGUUUCUCCCGAUUGUAGAAAAAUUGUUGAUCGAACGAGUUAGCAGAAAAUGGAGAGAAAUUGGAGUGCAGGGUUGGCCAGAGAUGAAGCACCUGAGGAUUCCCUCGGAAUUCCGAAAAUUCACCCCAUCGCAGCUGAGACAAAUUUUCACUAGGUCUGGGAGAUUUCUGAGAGUCCUGGAGAUCCCAGUGAUCAAUGAAGAAACUAAUUGCUUGCCACUGAUUAAAAAGCACUGCUUCCAGCUGAAUGAACUCUCAGUUCACUUUAAUCUGAAAGCAUUCCCGAAGCUUCAGGUCUUCUGCGAGGAUUUCGCGGGAUUAUUCAUCGCAUGUGAGAAAUUAACAUCUGUUAAAAUAUCGGGUGUUCAUUCGAAUUUUGAUUUCAAUUGUCUGGAGGAACUCGUGAAGGACAAGAUCAGAGAACUUCGACUUUAUGCUCCGUCUUCUGGUCUUGCAACUCCUCUCUAUCUUAACCUGCGAGGAUUCAAUUUCCUCGAAGAACUCGAACUCAAAGGCUUCGUGAUAGAUGAAGAAGUUCUGAUCGGCCUGGAGGAAUUGGGAAAUUUAACAAGUCUAAGUCUCGUCAACAGCAAAGUACACGUCAGUCACGUAAAGAAAAUCAGAGAAUUGAGAAAGCUUGAGCAUUUGUCAUUAGAAAAUAUCCGCAGCGAAGUUAAUGAUGAGACCAUGGAGGAAAUAGCGAGAAGCUGUUCCAAUCUCAAAUCCUUAAACAUAAGCCAUCUAGACAGAUUGACAGAUCACUCCUUCGAACAGAUAUCUCAACUCCGAAGCCUCGAAAAAUUAGAGAUGAUGGGUUUAACGAGAGUGACAAAUGAUUCAAUCUCUGGAUUAUUCACUCUAAAAGAAUUACGCUGUCAAGAUUCUCGUGGAAUUGGAAACAUCGGCUUCAUUAGACUCAUCAAAUGGGCCCAGGAUCUCUCCGAAUUAUGGGUGGAUGGAGCUCUGAUCACCGAAGAUUUCCUGCUCGAGGUCAACGACGCAAUGGAGUAUCGAACGAGUAAAGUAAAGCUGCACCUGCACUUGCAUUCAGACGCUGAGGACUGGGAACAGCCGCGUAAUUUAUCUCCAUUACUGCUGCUGUCUUAUACUUGGUAAAUUGUAUUCUCUAAAAAAAAAUAACAACAACAAAAAAACGGGAAAUAACUAAAAGAAAUCCCGAGGAUCAGUUGUCAUAUAUAUAUUUUUUUUAUUGUAAAUAAUUGAUACUGUCGAGUUAAUUGGCAAUCAUAUCUGCUCUAGUCUAUCCAUUUUAUUAAAUAAAAAGUAACGGUGAA